UCAAAAAGUUAAAAUAAAAAAGAAAAUGUCAACCAUCGAAAAUAACGAACAAAAGCCUGUAAAAAUAAACGGAAUUUCAAAUGGGCAAAUUAAUGAAAAUGGCAAAUUAAAUGGAAUAGCUAAAGAUACAAAUGCACAAGUAAAGACUCCAACAACUAAUGGAACUACUUCUGUUAAUGGUGUUGUAGCUAUUAAUUCUCCUGUGAGUUUGCUAUUACAAAUUAGCUAA